GGCAUGAUCUAAGUCUAUUUGAUGCCUGGAAAUAUGCCAGUCUGUGCACUGGUCCUGCUGACCUUCUUUUUGUUUCUCUUGCCCUUGGUUGAGUGCGGUAGUGCAUGUCAGAGGUUAGGGGAAUUUGUUCCACAGGUGCUGGAGACGGAUGGUGAUGUUAUUAUUGGAGGUCUUUUUCCUUUGCACUAUAUAGCUUCUGAACCUGACCAUGAUUUUACUGCUCAGGCACAGAGUACCACGUGUACAGGGUUUGACCUAAGAGCCUUCCGCUGGGUCCAGACCAUGGUGUUUGCCAUUGAGGAGAUAAACAGGAACACCACACUUUUGCCAGGGGUGACACUUGGUUAUCGGAUUCUGGACAGCUGUGAUCAUGUCCACACCAGUCUCCAAAGUGCACUCUCUCUGGUCAAUGGUUCUUCUGCCUUUCAAACUGAUCAGUCAGCAGCAAGUCGCCCUCAAUGCCUCUCCAGGGCUCCAGUUCCUGCUGUCAUUGGGCUGGCUUCUUCCACACCAACCCGAGCAGUAGCCGACAUUUUUGGACCCUUUGAGAUCCCUCUGAUCAGCUACUUUGCAACCUGCACCUGUUUGACCGAUAAGAGGGUCUACCCCUCCUUUCUACGUACUGUUCCAAGUGAUAUUUUCCAAGUGCAAGCACUUGUGCAGUUGAUGGCCGAUUUCGACUGGCGUUGGGUGGGCACACUGGGCACAGAUGAAGACUACAGUCGUUAUGGCAUCCAGGCCUUUACUGAGCAGCUGGAGGCAUGGGGUGGUUGUGUGGCUUUUCACCACACCAUCCCCAAGGUGCCCACUCCAAAGCAGAUUGGUGCCAUUGUUGAUGCCUUAGAGGUCUCCACAGCUCGGGUCAUUGUGGUGUUCGCCACAGAGGGCCAGCUCCUGGAUCUACUGUUAGAGGUGGCACGCAGGAACCUGACAGGCUUGCAAUGGGUGGCUAGUGAGGCCUGGGUGACUGCUACAAUCCUGACAACACCAGAGCUCCAGCAUGUGCUGUCUGGGACACUUGGGUUUUCCUUCAGGGGUGCCAACAUCUCUGGAUUGGCUGAAUUCCUCCUGACAGUAAGGCCCUCACCUAGUCCUGGGUCUGCUUUCACUAAUCAGUUCUGGGAGGAGCAAUUUGGCUGCAGGCUGACUUAUGGAGACAGUGAGGAUUUAGGUAGGCCGUUCUGCUCUGGCCUGGAAGAUCUGAAGCUGGUGGACAGCAGCUACACCAAUGCAAUUCCAGUGCGGGUUUCCUAUAAUGUUUAUAAGGGAGUGUAUGCCAUUGCUCAUGCUCUGCACAGCCUUCUACAGUGCACACCUGUGGGCUCAGACAAGAUAGGCUGUAACACAGGGUCUGAGUUUACACCUGGACAGUUGCUUCACCACCUAAAGAGUGUGAACUUCACCAACCAGUUUGAAGAAAAAGUGUAUUUUGACCACAAUGGUGAGCCAGUGCCCCUGUAUGACAUGAUCAACUGGCAGAGAAAUGGCCGAGGUGGAAUCCGGUUUCAGACUGUGGGUGGCUAUGAUGGUUCAGCCCCUCUUGGGCAGCAGCUCAUAAUGGAUAGAAAUUCAAUAGAGUGGACGGGAAGGCAGAGCCAAGUACCUGUGUCUCUGUGCACGUCCUCAUGUCCUCCUGGAACUAGGAAGGCCACAAGGCCAGGUCAGCCUGUCUGCUGUUUUGACUGCCUGCCUUGUGCUGAAGGGGAGUUCAGCAACACAUCAGGAGCCACAGAGUGCAUCAGGUGUCCAGUGUACUAUUGGUCCAAUGUUGAGCGGGUGGCUUGUGUAGCUGGUAUAGAGGAAUUUCUUUCCUUUCAGGAAAUCAUGGGUAUCGUCCUUGUUACCCUGUCCCUCCUCGGAGUUGCGGCAGCGACUGCUGUCUCAGUGAUCUUUUUCCUCUUCCGGGCCACACCUAUUGUCAAAGCCAACAACUCAGAGUUGAGUUUUCUGCUUUUGCUGUCUCUCAAGCUCUGCUUUCUGUGUUCUCUGGUGUUCAUGGGUCGACCUUCACUGUGGUCCUGCCAGGCCAGACAGGCAGCGUUCGGCAUCAGCUUCGUCCUCUGCAUCUCCUGUAUCCUGGUCAAGACCAUUGUAGUGCUGCUGGCUUUUCGUUCCACCAUGCCUGGGUCCUCCUCCCUUAAGCGCUUUGGGCCUCCUCAGCAGAGAGCCUUCAUUGUGGGUUGCACUGCAGGCCAGGUGAUCCUCUGUAUGUCCUGGCUGGCACUAGCACCUCCUUACCCCUACAAGAACACAUCCUAUCAGGGUGGAAAGAUUGUGCUGGAGUGCAAGGAUGUAUGGCCUCUGGGCUUUUAUCUAGUGCUGGGUUACAUUGGUCUCCUUUCAUGUGUUUGCUUCAUUUUGGCCUUUUUGUGCCGUAAGCUUCCAGAUACAUUUAAUGAGGCCAAACUCAUCACUUUCAGUAUGCUAAUAUUUUUUGCAGUAUGGAUUUCUUUUAUACCGGCAUACAACAGCUCCCCUGGAAAGUACACAGUAGCAGUGGAGAUAUUUGCCAUCCUUGCUUCAGCUUUUGGACUGCUGUUCUGCAUUUUUGCUCCAAAAUGUUACAUUAUUCUGCUGAGACCUGACCUCAACACCAAAAAAGGAAUGACUGGGAAAACAGGCAAAUGAACUCUUGAUUUAUGCUACAGUUUUCUGACAUUCAUGAAGCAACAUUUCAUCAUAGUUCACCCAUAAUGUGACCAAUCACCCCAAAUAUGUAUGGCACUUGUAAGUCUGCAUCAUAGGUGGGUGUAUCUACACAACAUAUGCAAGCAGAUGCUCUAUUACACUCAUUGAAUU